AUGAGUUUACUCUUACCAUCACCAAUUAAAAAUUUUGUAUAUCAAUCAUUUUUAUCAUAUUCAUAUUCAUUUUUAUUUGAAAAAUUUUUAUCAAAAAUUAAAUAUGGUUAUCUUGUAAUUGAUAUAAAAGAUAUUUCACAUCCAGAAUAUUUUGGAAAACAUUUAAAAUAUGGAAAUGAUCAACAUGAAAUAAAAUCAAAUAUACAAAUAACAAAUUUAUAUAGAUUCUUUGUUAAAGUAUUAUUUGGUGGAGAUAUUGGUUUUUCAGAAAGUUUUAUUCUUGGAGACUUCACAAGUGAUAAUUUAAAAAAUUUAAUUUAUAUUUUUAUUAUUAAUAGAAAUGAAUUAGAUAAUUUAAAUACAAGAUGGUCAUUUUUAAUGGAUGGAGUUAAUAGAUUUGUACAUUAUUUACAUAGAAAUACAAUUGAAGGUUCAAAAGAAAAUAUUAAAGCACAUUAUGAUUUAUCAAAUGAUAUGUUUAAAUUAUUCCUUGAUAAAACAAUGAGUUAUUCUUGCGCAUAUUUCAACCACAGAGAACAAGACCUUGAAGAGGCACAAUAUAAUAAAAUUAGAAAAUUAAUUGAUCAAGCAAAUUUAAAAAAGGAUCAUCACCUUUUAGAAAUUGGUUGUGGUUGGGGUGCACUUGCAAUUGAAGCAGUAAAAAGAACAGGAUGUCGUGUAACUGGUAUUAGUUUAUCACAAGAACAAUUGAAAUAUGGUCGUGAGAGAGUAAAGGAGGAGGGAUUAGAGGACCGUAUUGAUUUACAGUAUAUUGAUUAUCGUAAUGUUGUUGGACAAUUUGAUAGUAUUAUAAGUUGUGAAAUGUUGGAGGCAGUUGGUUAUGAAAAUUAUAAAACUUAUUUUCAAUCUGUUGAAAGAUUAUUAAAACCAAAUGGUGUAUUGGUUUUACAAUUCAUUACAUUUAAAGACCAAGAUUUUGAAGGACUUAAAAAACGUUGUGAUUUCAUUCAAAAAUAUAUAUUCCCAGGUGGUCUUUUACCAUCGAUUACGGCCGUUAUCAAUUCUGCUACAGAGAAUUCAAAUUUGGUUUUACAAAAUUCUGUUACUUUUGGUACCCAUUAUGCGUUAACUUUAGAUAUUUGGAGAAACAAUUUCUUUUCAAAUAAAGAGAAAAUCCUAAAUCUAAAAGGUGGUUUUAAUCAACAAUUCAUAAAUUUAUUUGAUUAUUACUUUUGUUAUUGUUCCGCUGCUUUUGAUACUAGAACUAUAAAUUUAAUUCAAAUGCAAUUUUCAAGACCUUGUAAUAUAGAUAAUUUAAAUGAUUUUAAUUAA